CGUUACAGGAAAAAUAAGUUUUUAAUUUACUUAGCGCAUCUUUAAUGUUUUCCCCACUAAGAAUCUAUAUAUUUUCUUUUUAGCUCUACGAGAAAUUAGUGUUAAUUUAUUAUUAAAAAAAAUGUGUUGGAUUCCUGAAAAAUUACCAGAACUGUGUCAAAAUAAUACUAUUAGUUCCGUUUGUCAGCCAUCUACUUUUUUGUUUUUGAAACUUAUUUACGAUUUGUUUGGCUCAUCAAAAUGUAAGACAACACCAAAAAAGCCUGUUAAUAAAGAAUAUGAUUUCAUCAUAGUUGGAGGAGGUUCUGCAGGAUGUGUUCUCGCAAAUCGUCUAAGUGAAAUAAAAGCAUGGAAUAUUUUAUUACUAGAAGCAGGCGUGGAAGAACCAAUAGUAACUGAAAUACCAGCUUUGGCAAAUAUACUUCAACGUACAAACAUUGAUUGGGACUUUAAAGCUCAACAAGAAAAUUCAUCAUGUUUGUUAAGCAAAGGUUGUCCGUGGGCAUAUGGCAAGGUGUUGGGAGGAUCAAGUGCAAUCAGUGGAAUGUUAUAUGUAAGAGGCAACGCAAUGGAUUAUGACACAUGGGCUGAUUUAGGAAACUAUGGAUGGAGCUACAAUGAUGUACUGCCUUAUUUCAAAAAAUCAGAAGACAACAGAGAUGAAACGAUUGUACGAAACAAUCCCUACUAUCAUAGUGUAGGAGGAUAUCAUUCAGUUGAAACGAUGUCGUAUCAAGAUAUACAUACAAAAAAUCUCCUGAAAGCUAGCAAAGAAAUGGGCUAUAAAUCUGUAGAUGUGAAUGGAAAACAACAAAUAGGUGCAAUGGUUCUACAAACAACAUCAGAUGAAGGAAAACGUCAAAGUUCAAACAAUGCUUUCAUUCGACCGGUUAGAACAAAACGAAGGAAUUUAGAUAUCGAAACCGAAGCUUAUGUUACAAAAAUACUAAUUGAUCCAAAGACGAAAAAAGCUUAUGGUGUAAAAUUCACAUCAACUGAAAACAAUAUAACGAAAGUGGUAAAAGUACGAAAGGAAGUUAUUGUAUCAGCAGGAGCCACUAAGUCACCACAAUUAUUAAUGGUUUCUGGUAUAGGCCCAAUGGAAGAACUUAAAAAACAUAAUAUUCACGUAAUUUAUAAUUCAUCAGUAGGAAUGAAUCUUCAAGAUCACGUGACAUUUACUGGUAUAUAUAUUCUUUUAGACAAUCAAACUUGGACAAAUAUAACAUUGGAUCAAAAGAAAGAAGAUUUGCGCAAAUAUUUAAGGACUCAAAAGGGUCCAUUAUCGUCAAUAGGUCCUCAAAUAAUAUCAAUUUUUGGUCAAACAAAGUAUGAAAUACAAAAUGCACCAGAUCUUCAAUUACUUUUCAUAGGAACAAAUAUUGCUGAAUUGGAUUUAAGUCCAAUAAUGACUUACUAUGAUUCUAUUUUAUUUUAUCCGACUCUACUGACACCUAAAAGUAGAGGAGUUAUUAAACUUAAUAAAACAGAUCCUAUAUGGGGUUCACCUAUAAUUUAUCCGGGAUUUCUUACAAAUAAAGAAGAUAUUGAUCGAAUGCUUGAAGGUAUAAGAAUGUGUCUACAAUUCUUUGAAACUACAACCUUUAGGAAUAAUAACUAUCGUUUGUACGACACUCCUGAAUCACCUUGUGAUAAACUUAAAUGGAAUAGUGAUGAAUACUGGAUUUGUUUGUUGAGAGCAAAAACAGUACCUGGUUCACAUGCUGCUGGUACUUGUAAAAUGGGGCCAAAAAAUGAUCCUGAAGCUGUUGUUGAUUCAAGACUACGAGUGUAUGGGGUAAAACGAUUGAGAGUCGUCGAUGCAUCUAUUAUGCCGAUUGUUCCUCGGGGAAAUACACAUGCUCCCACUGUUAUGAUAGCUGAAAAAGCUAGUGAUAUGAUAAAAGAGGACUGGUAUUUUAGGAAUUAAAAGAUAUUGCGAAAGUCACAUUGUUAAAUUCUGUAUAAAUAUUAAAUUUUAUGGUCUGGACAACAAUAAAGAUUUAGGAACUUG